UUCUUCUUUGCAGAACCUAAUGUGCCAAGAAGCUACGGCGUGUUUCAAGCGGUCAAGCAAUCUGAGACAGGAGAUGCAGCUAUGAAUCGCGUAUUUUAGAAGAAUGAAGAUAUUAGUCACCACAUGUUCAAACGACAUUCACAGCAAAUCAGUUAUAAUUUAGCAACAUAUAAUCAAUGGGAUAAUGCUGUUUUCAUAAAUGUAUGCCAAAUGCAGCCUUAUAAUACAAUCAAUAUUCAACAUUGGUGAUUUUUUUUCUCACAAUUUUCUGCAUCACGUAGUCAUCGGACAUAAAAACAAGCAAUUAUCAUGAAUCUUUCAGGUUUUUGUUUUGUUUUGAUAUUUCUGUCUAUUUAUCUUAGUGCACCAUUUGUCCGAGAAGCAACCAGUUUGGUAUAUAGUCUAUGAAUACAAGAUCACUCUAAUAGCGCGUUCUAUGAUUGCUGGGGCGAGAAGUCGAUAAAACAAUGGAGGAAACGUUCAUGAAGUUUGCAAAGUACUUUUAUUGGACACAAGUUUAUUGUGUUAUUUUUUACCCGAAUAUGAAUGUAUACAUGAAUAUACAUGCAUUCAAGAAAUCGUACAAUGCCCUUUAUAUAUUACAGGAGGAUUCACUGGCCUAUAUUCAAUGUUUGGGGCUUAUCAACGAUGGUGCCAGACAACUUCAACUCGAGCCCAAUUCUUUGAGGGUCUCCUUGAUAUGUGCGGCCUAGUUGAUGAUCCUGACUGUCCAAAAGCUGGUAAACACCGUGAGCUAGAAAGAGCUGAGGUAAAGAAGUCUGAGGAGGCAGUACAACGCACCAUAACGGCAAUUACUAGUUUCAGUAACCCGUUUGCUCUUCCUGACAAAGACCACCUUUAUAGUCUAGCUUCUGGGGCCCAGGGAUCGUCAGAAGUUGAAAAGGAUGUUCUUGGAGCUGACAAGAUUGGCAGGAAUGCCAAAGCUGCGUUCAUUACAGAACGAUUUGUAUAUGGUGGCUCGAAAGAAUCUUUCUUUGAACCAAUAAAAAGGAUGAAACUAAAAACAAUGGAAUCAUCAAACAAGACAGUUAAACUCACAGCAUCACAGGGAAAGAUUGUCCAGUACCAAGAACAGAGUAAUAUUGCAUUCACACUGCUUGUUAAGUCACAACAGCUACGUGAACCAAUUCAGCUUGAAGAGGUAAUGAAGUAUCCACUUACACCAGUUCCACAUAGCCUAGGAACACCAGAUGUUUUUUUUAUGAAGACCAACAAAGCCGCAAUCAUCCCGAUGUUGUUGGAAGACGUAGCUCCAGAUAAAACGUACCCAAUUGAUGCUCUUUACAUUCAGGACGGGAAUGCCCUGUUUCAAUCAUUGACAAAUUUGGGACCUACAUUUGGUGCUAUAGGCUUUCAAAUACUUGACCAGAUGGUAGCAAAGCGCCAUUUCGUUUUUUCAACAGAUUCAUACAACACUAUGUCUAUUAAGGCCCAAGAACGGUCACGACGUGGUGUGUCACAGAAAUACAUUGUAGGUGGCCCUGCUACUAGAAAACCAACUGACUUUAAACUUUUACUUACCAAUGAUGAAAACAAAGUUCAGUUAUGCAAAUUAUUGCUAAAGUUAUGGGGGAAAAAAGAAGCAGCAUCUCGUCUUCAGAAAUGUUCACUAGCAGUGCUUGUAGUUAAUGGUCAAGCAUACCGGUCGAGUUCCGCAUAUGGACGGGUCAACUGUGAUGAGAUUCCAGAGUUAUCUUCCAACCAAGAAGAAACUGAUACCCGGGUGGUGAUCUACUUGAAGUAUGCGGCAACACAAGGCUACAAAUCAGCAGUGGUUCGAACACCAGACACAGACUUAAUUUUGCUGCAUCAUGCACCGUCCAUAGAUUUGGACAUCUACAUAGACCUGGGGACCGGAAAGAAUCGCGAGUUGAUCAAUGUAUCUGAACUCGCUGACACAAAAGGAAACUUGGUGAUGACUGGUCUUUACACACUUCAAUGAUUGCAAUGCUUGAAGCCUUUACCUGUCUUAUGUAUGGGUUUGAUACAGUCUCUAGACGUUGUUCGGCACAAAAUGCUAAAGAAGAUGUCUGGUGAUGAGGAGCAGCUUAGUACAAAGACUAAUGUUGAUCUGUCCAAGCUUCCACCUUGCAAGUCGAAUUUGUUGCCACACAUUCAGAGGGUUAAUUAUCGAGUUGGAUUGUUCAAGAGGGCCGACCAAGCGAAAGUUGCAUCUCCAGAACCAUUUCAAGAUCAAGGAUGGGAAGUUAACGGUUACGGAAUUUUGGAGCCAGUGUGGUCUUCUGGUCCCAUUCUACCACCAUCUCUAGUGGACAUAGUUAUGGCUGUUGCGAAUCAUGCAGACACAGAUGAUGAAGAUAUUGAAGAAAUAGACGAUAUCAUUGAAUUUGUUGAUGAUUGUGAUGAUGAAGAUGAUGUGCUGUAAAUUAGUAAAUGACU